AUGCAGUUCAGUAUCAUUGUAAACUCCGUGCCAGUGGAUCUUCGGCGCUGUCAGGUGAGUUCUCUGCUGCAGGUCAGUGAGUGGAGCUUCACUAACACAGGACAUUUCACUCGUAAGGAAUUCACAUUUUUGAGACAGCUGAACAAAUUACAUCCAGAGCUCCUGCUGGUUCUCCAGAAUGUUCUAUUUGAGGAAAGUAUCUUAUAGGUAGCACUCAAUCACGGUGGACUGUGACGUGGAGAUGGUCACUUGGGCUGCCUUACUGACAGUGUGCAUGUGUAUACAAACGCAAACUGCCUCAGGACAGCAAACAUGUGCUUCUACACCACCCAGGGUGGCGGAUUUUACUGUAAAAUACUCCCUCCCCUACUUCCAAACAGACAAACCUAUACAGAACAUAGCAGUGAACUUAGAGGGGCAUCAGCCAGAUGUGUAUGUUGCAUGCCAGAAUGUAAUAGAGGCGGUAAGCUAUUCUAUGGAAAAAAUAUGGGAGCUGAAAACUGGGCCUGUUGGCAGUCCUGAAUGUAAAACAUGUCAGGUGUGUGCCAUAAAAACAGACCCAGGGGAUCCAGUGGAUACAGACAAUGAAGUUCUACUAUUGGAUUCUGAUGGAUCUCCCAAUCCCUACUUGUACAUUUGUGGGAGUACACAGCAUGGGAUCUGUUACUUCAUUGACAUUGGAGAACUACAGCCUAAGUGUUUAUAUAGAAAGGAGCAAAACUCUCCAACCAACUGUCCAGACUGUCUGGCCAGCCCACUUGGCACCAAAGUCACCAUUGUUCAACAGGCAGCCACAUCGCUCUUUUUUGUAGCAGCCUCUGUCAAUGACAAAGUGGCACAGAGGUACCCAAGGAGGUCGAUAUCAGUGAUGAGGCCGCUUUCAACUGAAGAUGGCUUUCAUAUGGUCAUGAAUGGGCUGACAGUACUCCCUGGUCUACGGGACUCUUACAAGAUUGACUACAUCUACAGCUUCUCCACAGAGGAGUAUGUGUACUUCCUGUCCCUGCAGAGAGAAAAUCCAUCAAAGAGCAAUUCGCCUUUUCAGACUCGUCUAGGACGACUGCCAAUAUUGAUCCCAGAGGUGUGGAUGUACAGAGAGGUGGUCCUGGAGUGCCGGUAUGAGCCAAAGCGCAGGAGGAGAAGGAGAGAUGGCUUCAGGAGCAUUGUGUAUAACGGGCUACAGGCAGCAUACUUUGGACGAGCGGGGAAGGACUUGGCAGAUGAGCUGAGAUUGGACGAGAGAGAUGACAUUCUGUAUGGGGUGUUUUCAGAGGUGGAUGUGCGUGGUCACCCUAAAAAAAACUCAGCCCUGUGUGCCUUCUCUUUGACUAAAGUAAACCAUGACAUUGAUAAGGGUGUGGAAGCUUGCUGCACGUCAGGUCCAGAGCAGCUGUCUAGGGGUCUCUGUCACUUCCAGCCGUGCGAGAGCUGCCCACAUGAGAGCUCUGAAGGUAAUGACACAUGCAGUGCCAAACCCACUCUGGCGGCAAUGCCAUACUACAGACUAGACCUCUUCAACAGGCAGAUGCAAGAUGUCCUUUUCACUGCUGUCCUGGUUACCACUAUUGGGAAUCACACGCUGGGCCACUUUGGUACCUCAGAUGGACGGAUACUGCAGAUGAUUCUUACUAGGGACAGGCUUAUUGUUUUUGCCAACUAUUCUCUGGAAGGGGCCGAAGUGUCCAGGACAGCCGCUGUGUACUCAGAGGAUUCGCUUCUCUUUGUUGUUGGAAAUAAGAUGUUCAGGGUGCCCUCUGCAGGACCGGGAUGUGCACAUCUUACGACGUGCUCCAUGUGUUUGAUGGCUCCACCCUUCAUGAAGUGUGGCUGGUGUUCGGGAAUCUGCUCGAGGCAGCAUGAGUGUGUGUCGCAGUGGAGCAAAGACUCUUGCACACCUAUCAUAACAGAGUUUUUCCCUAAAACGGCACCUGCUGGAGGUGAGACAGAAAUGACAGUGUGUGGCAGGGAGUUUCAGUCUCCUCAGCGAUCGGCUAUUAUCAGCGGCAAAACCCACAUCAUCACAGUGGGCUCCAGGACCUCGUGUACUGUCCUACCUGAAAAGAGCAGUAGUGAAAUGAUAGUAUGCAAGAUUCAGGGAAAAACCAUACCAAACCCGGACCUCAACAUCACUCUGAAAGUGCAAGAAGGGCAAGUGGAGGGCCGCUACGCUAUUAGAGGCACUGCUCAGAUGCCUGGCUUUUCUUUUGUGGAGCCUAGCAUAAGCGAAAUCAGGCCUGACUAUGGACCAGUAUUUGGAGGAACAACAGUUACACUUGUAGGCAGAUAUCUUAAUUCUGGGAUACAAAGAGAUGUCUUUUUUGCUGACAAAAAGUGCAACAUUCUCAGUGCUCCUGAAGGAAAUAAGACUUCAAUCGUCUGCAACACUGCAGCUGCUGCAGUUGUCGGGAAGGUACCUGUGAAAGUCCUCAUUGACAACUUUCAAGUGACGACCACUGAGAUGUUCUUCUACAAGGAAAACCCUGUUAUAACCUCUAUACAACCUCACUGCAGUUUCCAAAAUGGCUCUAAGCUGGUGAUAGAAGGUCAGAAUCUUGACUCUGCCCACAAAACUGUGGUUCAAUAUAUUCCCAAAGAUAAAAACCUCCACUCUCAUCAACAAGUCUGCGAAGGCACAACGAAUGCCACACAUAUGGAGUGCUUGGCCCCUGCGUUUCCUGAAAUGUCAGAAGACAAGUCUGAGACGGGAGAUAUUUUAAUUCACAUGGAUGGAAAAAGUAACCUCUGGAAAAGACGUUUUGACUACUACUCUGAUGUCAAAAUCAUUCCCUUUGAAAAUGAUGACAGCGUAUUGCUUCUAAAACCAGGAGAGACGGAAGUUUCACUGCAUCAUAGCAAACUGAAUAUAGUGAGCACAUGUAUGAAGAUCAUAAUGACUGUUGGGGGUGUGAACUGCAAUGCAAAGGUUCUAGUAAAUGAGCUGACAUGCAGGAUUCCCAAAGGCCUGGAAAUCCCCAGCGAAGGAUUGCCAGUUAGGGUGUAUGUGAAUGGGGAAAUUCAUAAUGUGGGUACAGUAGUCAACGAUGACAACAACAACAACACUGUGAUUGCGGGCAUUGUGCUGGGCAUCAUUGCUGCAUUGGUAGUAGGUGCUGGCCUUGCAUUAAUUGUGAUGAUCCAUUUGAGGAAGAAAAAGAGAGCCAUCAUAGAGAAUCGUUUAUCAACAAUGCUUUCACGGAACCACAUAAGCAAUGGCCCAGAUCUCUCCCUGACCGGUGACUACAGACAAGUAGAUCUGUCCAAUCAAACAUCAGGCUCUGGAGGAAUGGCGUUCCAAGGUUUGUUGUAUGCUGCCAGCUAUGAUCAUCUGGCCGUUCCUUUAAUGCCACGGGACGACAUCUCAAUGGUCAGUCUAAGUUCUGAUCUUCUCGAAGAAGUCAAAGGUGUCCUGAUCCCUGCCGAGAUGCUCCGAAUUGAGGAAAACCAGAUUAUCGGCAAAGGCCACUUUGGGACAGUCUAUCAUGGUUACCUGAUAGACAGCAAGCAAGAGAUCCACUGUGCUGUUAAAUCAUUGAACAGGAUCACAGAUUCGGGGGAGGUGGAUCAGUUUCUCAGAGAGGGCAUCAUUAUGAAAGGUUUCCACCACCCUAACAUACUGUCUCUGCUCGGCAUCAUGCUGCCCAAAGAAGGGCUCCCUCUGGUGGUUCUACCAUAUAUGAAGCACGGGGAUGUGCGUCAUUUCAUCCGCUCUGAGAAAAGGAACCCAACAGUGAAAGACCUGAUUGGCUUUGGGCUUCAGGUUGCCAAAGGGAUGGAGUAUUUAGCCCAGAAAAAAUUUGUCCACAGAGACCUAGCUGCACGUAACUGCAUGCUGGAUGAAACCUUCACAGUAAAGGUGGCUGACUUCGGCAUGGCAAGGGACAUAUAUGACAAGGAGUACUACAGCAUUCAAGAUCAGAAACGGGCAAAGCUUCCAGUGAAGUGGAUGGCAAUCGAAAGCCUGCAAACACAAAAGUUCACUAUCAAGUCUGAUGUGUGGUCAUAUGGGAUCUUAUUGUGGGAGCUGUUGACCAGAGGUGCUAGCCCAUAUCCAGGUGUGGACCCCUAUGACAUCACACACUACUUGUUGAAGGGACGUCGGCUUCCCCAGCCACAGUUUUGCCCUGAUACUCUCUAUUCCAUCAUGCUGACAUGUUGGGACCCAGAGCCCGAGUGCAGGCCUAGCUUCAGUAGCCUGGUUACAGAAGUACAACACGUCCUGUCCUGUCUGGAAGGAGAGCACUACAUGAGUCUGAAGGUUAACUAUGUCAACUUAGACCAGCCAAGGCCCUACCCGUCCCUGACUGGAUCUGCCGAUGAGGCUGAGGCCUCGGACUUGGAGGCAGACAAUAAUGUUGCCGGGUGAGGGUGCAAAUCCAUAAGACUCUCUGAUACGAACACAGGAUCUGGAUCAAAGUUGGAAAAAUAAAAAGGGACUACUUAACCUGGAUCCAUUUAUGCCUGACCUAAAUUGCUGAUCAUCUACAAAUCUGAGCACAUGGGAGGUUUGGCUACUGAUUCAAAAGACACUGUAGGCUAUAAACUGUUAAUGGAGCUGAGACAAAUUCAUGCUGGAAGCUCCCCAUUCUUGUUAGUACAUUUUAUUUGUAGCAAAAUACAGACAAGUACAUGCGGGUAAAAACUUUUUUUUUCAAAACAUUUGAAGCACAAUGAUGGUGAAUGAGACAAGAUGAAUGUAAAAUGUGCUUUUGUUCUCAGAUAUGUAGAAUAGGAUGUGGGGUUACAUGACACUAUGUAGACUGUAUAUAAAUGCUGACAUGUGCUCAGGGGUUGACAUUUUUUUAGUUUUUGGACAGAUUUUUAGUUUUUUGGCGAUUUGAUAGAUUAUAUCCCUUCAAAUAGGCUAUAGAAUGUAGACUUAAUACGAGGCUGUGUACAUGUGAAAUCAUCAUACUGAAUUUACUCGACAAGAUUUAGGACCAUGGAUACUAUGUCAAAAGCUCUGCACCUAUUGAAUUAUACAGUGAGCUGUCUGUGCUGUUCAGACAUCAGUUGAGGCUUAGAAACACAUCUAGUACUUGUCAUCAUCACUAGAGGGCAAUCAACACUUCUUUCUGAGGCAUACUUUUGUUGCUGCUGCAGUGAUGCUCUGCGCUACAGCAGACAGCUCAACACAAAGGUGUUACACAAACAGCACAACUAUAUUCAUCUGAACCUUAGAACAAACUCAGUCUUGCAGCUCAAUCAACACAGCAUAUUGUGUAGCAUUCUGUCCUUGCUGCACAAUUUCGGGAGUUUCCUUGUUCCAUGCGUGUAAUUAAAAUGAUUUCCACAGCAAAUUAGACAAUCCAAGGGGUUUUAGAAUAAAUGUUUUCAACUUUUAGACAAUGUAUGGUUUAACCAAAAACAAAUAUGUUGACCAACAAGCUUUUUACCAGAUGUAAUAGAUUUGGUUCUGGUAUUCUUGAUUUUGUUAUUGCUGUUUUUUUUCUUCCUUCCACCCAAGAUUGAACUUAUGUUAUUAUUUCUUUGCUCUAGGUUGCACUGUAAAGAGUGUUUUUAUACAGACAAAUGGUUGAUUACAAAUGGCGCAUACCUGUCUCUAAAGCGUGUCAACGAAUUAAAUGUCUCCCUUAUGCUUGUUUUUCCUAGCAUUAUCUUGAAUUAAUACAAAGAAAAAAUCUUGAUGGACAAAAA